AUACACCGGAAGUUGACUGUCCUGACCAACAUGGCGACCACCUCAAAAGCAGAAGUGAUAGUGAGUGUUUUCUCGGCGAUUUUAUAACUUGUUAUGGUCCAAUUCAAUAUUCCUGCGAAACUAGUAGUGAAAGCAAAUAUGUAAUUGAGGAUUAUGAGCACAAAUGUGAGCGAAGACUUAAGACGAAGCACGUACAUGCAACGGAAGUCUGUUUCGUGUUUGAAAGCAAACAUCCGGUUCAGUGUGCGUGAGGCUUGUUAGCUCCUAGUUUCAACCUCCUGACGGAAAAAUGGCCAAAAUAAAAUAUGUAUCUUCCAUUUGAAAGGAUGACACAAGGAAAUGAGUCGGCGCUGGUGUGAAGGAAUGUAACCGAGCAUGGACUUUGCCGUGAGGACACCUUGAGUGCACAUUGCCAUGGGGUUGUUAGCUGCUCUUAUUUCCACUGUAGGAAAAUGCUUGGAGGCUGCCUGCUUAAUGUUGGACGUCAAUUUCCUCCUCGUUCACACUGUAGUCCGGACAUUUCUGACUGUGUUCAAAUUUAUAACCAACCUGCCUUCACUUUUUGUCAAUUCACUGCUGCACCUCGGGAACAUGGCUCUCUUCGGCUUCCUGUCCGCAGCAGAGGCGACGUCCCACCUAGCUCACAGCACAGUGACCAUGCUGGCCAGCCUGAUGCUCUCCCUGGAGGGGCUUCUGGAGAGCAUGAAGAUGGUGGGCUACCUUCUCAUGCAUGUGCUGCUCCGCGGCAAGGCGCACCUGUGUCGAGGGCUUUUGUCGCUGCAGGAGGCGUGCGGCAUCGCGCUCAGCCUCCUGGUCUACCUGAUCAACACUGCAGUCAACUAUGCUUUCAUCGCCACCCUCAACCUCUACUCGGUUGUGAUCUGCGUGUUGCAGACGGUGUCCAGCCCACUGCAGAUGGCACUAGAGCUCGCGCCGACCACCAUCACUUUCCUACACAGCAGCUUGGUGGGCACGUCGGCAUUCCUGUGGUCGCCAUGCAAGCUACUGUUGGACUUCCUGGUGUCGCUGGUGCACAUUUUCAUCAGCAUCUUCAUACUGAACAUCUACGGCCUUUUGCUUGCAAUCAGCAUUGCUCUGACAACCACCGCCUACCUUAACCCAGAACUCACCAGGCAGGCCUUAGGGCGACUUGUGGCUUAUGUCAACGCUUUCUCGGCUAUUCACAGACUCCACGCAGUGCUUGUUUUAACGUGGCAGAAGACAUCUCGUUCGUUACGUGCCGGCUGGCGACACCUGCACAGAAUGUUGUGUUGCCUCCACCUGCUGGAGAGAAGAAUCUGGCAGCAGCUGUCUCGUCACAGCAGCCAGCUGGGCACAGCGCUGAGGACGCAGCUGCACAGGGACAACAACAACACGGAUAGAGUGCGAGGCGACGGCGAUCCCGGCGAGGGGAUCAGGCGGGAUCCACCUGACGGAAGAGCGGAGGACCAUCCCCACCGGGAACAGCUCGCCCCAUCGACGUCCAGCACGGAAAGACCUUUAAAAGCGAACAAACAUUUCCGUCACUCUUCGUCGGAGAAUCUGCUGACACUUCUGAACGAGCAGGAAGACCAGAAGAAAUGCGUCAUCUGUCAAGACCAAACCAAGACGGUGGUGCUGCUGCCGUGCAGACACCUGUGCUUGUGUCGUCACUGCGCCGACAUCAUGCUGCUGCAACAGCCCAUCUACCAACAUUGCCCGUUGUGUCGUCGCAUGAUUCUCAACAUCCUUGAGGUGUACCUCUGAGAGACAUUUUACAACCACUCAAAAUGUGUCUUUACGCAUUUCUCUCUGUUUAGGCCACAUCUACCGUACUGGACUUGGGCUGACCUGCGCUCACAAUGAGCAUUCAUGUUUUUGUCCCAUCACUUCCACUUCUGUGUAUUACCGCAAAUUCCCUAAUUUUGUGGACCAUUUUCAGUCUUAUUUCAAGUUGUUUGAUUAUUUCUUCUGUGAAAGGGUCCACCGGUCAAUAAUUAUUUGUGAGAGGUGUGAUUAUGUUAAAGUGUAAAAGAAUGUAGGCUGAGGUGACUUGACAUUUGGAUUAUUUUCUGUAUUUUAUUUUGUGUCAGUUAACUACAGUCAUUCUACAACUGGGCUACACUGCGCAUGUGCAUGUGAGAAACGGUGCAACUGGCCUUGUUCGAGUACGUAUUUUUUCAUCAUUCACAUCAUUGGCAAAUCCAAUGACCUGGCUGGUACACCUUCUGCAGAGUAAUCUUCAUGUCAGAUGUUACCAAAUUGAUUCCGACAGAAUUAACAAAUAGGUCUAAUGGUUUAAACAGAUUACCGGUACUCACUUUUUGCCUGAGUAAAGUUGCUCAGGAGGAAACAAAAUGUGCACAGGAAAGUGAAAAUGUUGGAGAUUUAUCUUGCAUAAAUGGAUUUGUGAAAAUAAUACAACAUGUAUGCUCUGAUAGAAGGGGCAGUUUUGGGUGGACUAAAGAAAAUGUGCAUUUGUCACAUUUGUCUGAUGGAACAAAGCCGAGGGUCAUUUUGCUCAGUUUCUCUAUACAUUGGAAGAUCUUGUAACCUUUGUAACUUUAGGCCUUAUUUGCUCACUUCCUGUUAUUUGUUUUCCUUGUUUAGGACCCAUUACAGUAUUCAAUGUUAAAUAUUAGAAAGGACCAUACACUAUUCCAUUUAUUUUUCUGGUGUGUUUAUUCAGAUUACAAUUCUCAGAGCGUAACUCUGGAAAGUGCCAUCUACUUUUUGACUGUUUUUUUCUAUUCUUAGAUGACUGCAUUUUUUUUAUACAUCUUGCUUAUUUUGUAAGUGAAGCUAAAAAAUAUUACAAUGUGUACAAACUCCCUCUCCUUCUCCUCAGGUAUUUCCAUUCCUAAGAUUGCAGAAAUGAAAGAAUUGAGACCAUGUGACUUGAAUGUAGAUCCAAUGAGAUGGUGGUAGACACACUA